UCUCGGUCGGCGCGUCACGGACGACGCGCACGGCUGACGGACGUCGCUCGUAGAGAGAGUCGUGUGACCGGAGGCAGCAGCCUCCGUUUCAUUGAUCUUUUCUCCCGCGUCUUCGUCCCGCGGAUUUUUUCUCUUCGCGCGCGACGACGACGACUUUAUAUUAUCUCCCGGGGGAAAAAAAGGCGACAUCCUCGAGGACGAUGGUAGGAUCCGCGCUCGCUUGGUCGCACUCGAUAGUUUCACCGACGAAUCCACGUUACUCCGGAUUGUGAUUCCUCGCAGAGGGAGGAAAGAAGAGAUCUCAAGGUUUUCCGUUCGCGUUUAAUCGCGAUCGCGGAGGACCACGUAUCUAUAUUCGGACCGACCGCGGAGUCGCGUCGGUGGUCUCUUCUCGACAUUCGUCAAGCGAAAUCGAUAAACGGGGACGUCGCGAAAGAGAGAGAGGGAGAGAGAGACAGAGAGAGAGAAAGAGGGACGGGCGCUUAUACGCGCGCACGUUUACGAUUCGCGUCGUGAAAGGUAGGAAACGAGGACUCGAAAGAGAGAGAUAAUUACAGGAAUGUGACAGGGCGAUCGUAUGGUGGACUCGACUCGGUAGAGAAAUUUGCACGACGACGUUUCACUUCGCACGUCCUCGCGGAAAACGAACAAAACCGCGCGUCGGCGCCACGGCACUCGCGCACUCACUCGCGAGUGCGCGUUUGUUCCUACGUAUACGUGUGUACACACAAGUGCGGUGCGUAUCGUCUUGUUAGAAAGCGUCCCGUAGUAUCAUAGUAACCUUGAGACGACCCGUCAAGGUGACCAGUUUCCGCAAGAACUCGAGAAAAAAGUUCCUCGUCCUGGUACCGUGCGAGAUCCUCGAAAUAGCGGAGCGACGCGAUUAUUCGCGAAAUGAGAAGAAGAGCUCGAGCAUGCCUCGAUCGAUAGGCGCACGGCCUUCGCCGGACUGACUUCCUCGCGCACGCAACGCUCGUUCUCCGUCCAGGAAGCACGUGGACGUCGUCGUCGUCGGUCGGUCCGGGUCGAUCAUCUCCCAGGCAACCGGGGAGAAAGGUCGAAGCAUGUGAUCACCACGGCGAUUUCAUCGAUCACGCGGCCGAUCACCCCUCAAGGGAGAGGGAUGUUGCGCCCGUUCGACGGCAGGAUCACUUAACGGCGGCCUCCCCCGGACAAGGAGUCGCCGGACAAUGAACGAUAAGGGCGGCGUACAGAGACAGGUGGAUAUCGCUGGCGAGAAAGUGUGGGAACGGCGAGCGUGAGGGACAGACACAGGCAGGUAUAGGAAGCCGUAUAGCACAGGUGGCGGUGGCAAGGACGAGAGAGAGAGAGAGAGAGAGAGAGAAAGAAGGGAAGAAUAGCCGCGUACUAUAUAUCGUCCUGGAAGGAGGGAGACCGAGCCCCUGCGAGGACUGUGUCUGAAAGGAAAAAAAGGUAUACAAUGAAGAGAAAGAGAGAGCGAGGCACGACACGUCAGUGUAGCGAAUGACACGUGAAGGUAGUGGAGAGAGAAGCUUAAAGUGGCAAAGGGAGGAAACCGCGGGAACAAUGAAGGAACACGGAAACAAACAUCCGGCGGAGCCGGCGGCGACGAAGACGCUCAAGUCGCUGCUGAAGAAGCCGGGCCAGACGAAGGCCAAGUCGCAGAAGCACCGGGUGGUGAUCAACGAGAAGCUGAACGAGUUCUUCGCCGCCGAUUACAUCAUCCUGAUCAAGGAGGAGUGCUGCGCCGAUUACGAGGAGGACUGCGACUGCUGUUACCAGGAGCACGAGUUCAUGCGGCUGGGCAAUUGCAAGGAGUGCCGGGCGGAGUUGAACAUGCACUUCGGCCUCGGCAACGGGGCGAGAUACGGUGGUAGCGAGAUGGGUCCGAGGGCGGGCGAUCAGACCCAGUGCGAGAACGUCGCGCGCGCCGGAGGACCACCCCGAAAGCCGGGAACUCGCGAGAACUCGCAGGAGGACGAGGAGGAGGACGAGGAGGAGGCCGACGACGGCGAGGAGGAGGAGGACGACGAGGAGGAGCGGGAGGACGAGGAGGAGGACGAGGCGGUGGAGAACGUCGACGGUGGAAAGGCGGAGAGGACGACCACGACGACGACGACGACGACGACGACGACGACGACGUCCUCGUCGGCGGAAGGGAAGAAGGACGCUGAGAGUGCGGAGAGUGCUUCUUCCCAGGUGGAGAACGGAACCGCGGUUCCGCCGCGGCACGAGCAGCAGGAAACCCUCAGCCCGCCGGAGGGUUACAAGGACGUGUGCUCCGACAGCGAGAUCCCGAACGAGGCGACGGAGCAGCGGAGCAGCCGUACGUGCGCCGAGUGCAAUUACUAUCAGCAACAGGCAACGGAAUGCGAAUCGCAAGCGAAAGAUCAUGGGAAUGAGCAGAAUACGCAGGACAACAAGGAUGCCAACGAUGGCUGUCAAAGAAAUUUGCAAGAAAGACUGGAUAAACAGCAUCGAGCAUCUCUCCCUGAUCUGCACCAUCGUUAUCUCGUGGAGACGAUAACGAUGACAACCGUCACGGAGCGGCGUAUCGUGCGGGAGAUUAGCGAGGAGGAGCGAAAGGAUUGCUACGGGCGAUCCGACACGGAUAAGGACAGCAAGGGCGAGAGCAACGGUUUCAAUCCGGCGCUCUGUGGUCCCGGGGUUCACGAGAACGUCGACGGCGACGUCGUCGCUUCCGAGGAUCUCGAGCAGCCGAAAAAUCCGACGACGACGACGGAAACGGAUGAAACGACGACGAGCAACGAGCAGGACGCGAAGGACCUGGCCCUUGUGUUCAAGCUCGGCAACGUGGCCCUCGCCAGCAACAGCCUUAAGCCGAAUUCCGCGGUGAGGCAGCUCUUCCCGAACCCGAAGUUCAUCUCGCCGCCGCCGGCGCCCACCGGCAAAGGAACCACCUGCCCGGACCAACUGCACUCCCAAGAGGCGGAGAAGUUCCUCAUCACCGCCGAGAGCCUACGGCUCUUCGACGCCGUGAAGAAGUCGAACGUCCCCGGCGGCUCGUACGAGUCCCCGGAAUGCGAGUCCGCGAGCUCGAUCAAGAGAUCGAUCGAGAGGAACACUCUGCGUCGCAGCCUGAUCGGCAAGUACAACACGGUGGUAUCGCGCAAGAAGAAUCUACGGCCGAAGAAUCUGUCGCUCGAGGAGCGUAUCAGGCAGCUCACGUGCGUCGAUCAGGACGAGGAGAACGUGACCGAUACCACCGACAGCUCCGACAACACGAAUCCCGGUAUGGAGGCCAACAAGUACCAGAACUCCGGGGAACUCGCGAUACGUACGUCACCGCUGGGCGAGGAGCGGCCUAUCUGCGAAUCGUUGCCGGCGAGCGUCGUCGCCUCGACGGAGACCACUGCCACCUUGACGAUGGUGUCGACGAGAUCCGGUUCCCUGACGACGACGUCGACGACGCCGGCGACGACGGCGAUGACGACGAGCACGAUGGCGCACAAUCCCGGGUUGGUGCUGGGGAUGCCGAUGCUGGUGACGGACAACCCACCGAACAAUCCCCAGUCAUCGACUUAUCGGAAGAUCACAGAUUUAUUCGCGCACAAGAAGAAUAUCCCGCCGAAUCUGCCCGAUCUCGGGAUCGGCGGCAGGAGCCUCCUCGCCAAGGAGUGCCAGUCCAAGAAUUCGUUGACGAAGAUGAACUCGGACGUGCGUAGGCAGCUGCUGGCGAGUCUGGCGCCGCUCUCCUGCGUCGCCGUCAACAGCUCCGACAACCAGGACGAGUAUUAUAGAAACGAGUCCAGGAUCCUGGCGAACCACCGCGAGUCGAUCAAUUAUAAUUCCGACUCGUCCUACAGUCUCGAGGACAUAGAGGCGGUUCUGAAUGGCGACGACAGAAAUAAGUACGCCGGUCAACCGGACGUGACGAGAUGCACGCCGAUCGGCAACAGACCCGACAUCGGCGACAACGCCGCGGACGAGCUGCUCGCCUUCGUCGAGCAGGACAAGUCCAGGAUGGAGCGGAUAAAGCGCCGCUACAACGAGACGGAGGACCGUUACGCGUUCAUUAACGGGUACCAUUCCGAGGACAAGGCCGUGAACACGUCGUCGAACGAGAAUUACGACGGUAAAGCUGUGAAGAACCACGACGUGCAAUUGGACAACGAGCUGGAGGACGACGAGGACGACGAGCUCAACGAUUACGGCUUCAAUCGGCGACCUUCGGUGACCGGGAUCAAACAGCAACAGUAUCCCAAUGAAGCUACCAGCGACGUUACCCAUCGUCCGCGAGCCUGCGUUGGUGCCAACAACUUCAACGACCCAGCGAGACCCAGCUCGAUGUACCUGCCGACGAUGUAUUGCGACGUGAACGGCGACAAGAUCGACGCCAAGUCUCUAAUGGUCUCUACCGACGUCGCGGACGAGACGAUUCCUAUAUCAGCUGACGCGUACGCGAUGGGAAGCUUCGAGCGAGACACCAACACCAUCAAUCGCAUAAACACCAUGCAGCGACAGAUCGACGAUAUAUAUCAGACCAUCGCCGAGAGCACGGCGGUCACCGCCAACAUCCAGGGCAUCUCCGAGCACGCGACCUACCUGGAGAACGCGGCGGUACCGCGACAGUUCGUCAGGACGCCGUCAAUCGGCGACGCGCACUUAUAUGCCGAGCACAGAAACGGUCAUCACUACUUCCAGGAGCAACAGCAGCAGCAGCAGCAGCAGCAGCAACAGCAGCAGCUCUCCAACACCCGGAUGUUGCGUAUCGCGGGUGGCGCCGGCGUCGAGGAUGUCGCGGGCGCGUUGUACACCAACACCCUGUCGAAGAUGCAACGUCGUCACCCGCCGGUCACGAUCGCCAACUAUCACUGCAACGUCGUCCCUGGUGAAGCCGUGCCCAACACCACCAAGUGUUACCGCACCAUGUACUUCGUUCCGUACAGUGGGAUCUCGGAUCCCACGUAUCAGAAUCUGCAGCGUAUCCUGCCGCCGCAUUCCUCGCCUAACUACGCCAGUCACAUCGAACGGUACCCGUAUCCCCGACUGAACAAGACGGCUGGUCAGCAACAGCAGGCCUUGUACUACACCACGAAUCGUUCCACCACGUCGCACGGCAACUUGAACACGUCUCCACCCGUCCCACCACCACCUCCGCCGCCGCCACCCCUAUCGUCCGUCUCGAGUCCGAGUGCUCUGCAGAGCGGUCAGCAGCAAGCCUUGCAUCUUCAUAUGCACCCGCAUCAGACCGAAGACGCCUUUCGAUCUCCCAGCGUGGCGUUCUCCCCGGUCCCGCAUUCCACGCUGCAUCAUCCUCCGAUGCAGUUCCAUCAUCAUCAGCAUCAACACCAGCAUCAUCACGGCGAGAUGGCGACGUACCGGGUGAUGACGCAACAGUCCCCGUCCUCGUACACCGUGAUCGCACCUUCCAGAUGCAUGCCGGCCAGCAAUCAGGACGGCUAUCCCUUGUAUCCGGCGCAUCUGGCGCGCGGUAACGCCGUCGUCGCCGUCGCCGCGAACUCGGACGUGCAAACGCAGACGAUCACCGUCGCGGCGGCCGCCGCCUCCUCGUCGUUCUCGUCCUCCUCGUCCUCGUCGUCAUCGUCGUCAUCGUCGUCCUCGUCCUCGUCGUCGUCCUCAGCCUCGGCGCUGUCGUCCUCGUCGUCCUCGUCCACCGCCUCGGCCACCGUGGCCUCAUCCCUCAUCAAGUGCAACCCCGUCGGCGCUCAACCCGGACAGACCGGCUUGACGACGACGACGACGACUACGACGACGAUGGCCGUGUGCGCCGCGCCCCCGAUGCAACUGUCACGAACUGUCAACGCGUGCGCGGUGACGGAACGCGGAGUCCCCGAGGGCGCGGCGAGUCUGCCCACCCGGGACAGCUAUCAGCAAACGCAGCUGUCCGCCUCGGCGAAUCCCCACGUUCUGCUGAUGUCCAACUCUUACGUCGACCCCAACGCCGGUCUCAUGCCCACCCCGACCAACCCCGCGAACACGGUGUACUACGCCAUGAACGUCUGAGAUCGGAUGACGACGGAGGAGGAGGAGGAACGUGCGAUCGAGAAGGCGCACUGAUCGACUCCACUUUUUCGACUUUUUUGGGGAUCGGCGCGUUAUCAAAUUCUGAUUCUACGGGGUGUCCCGUUUUGAAUGAUCCGCGCAAGUAUCUCGAGGAAUGUGAGAGGAAGUGUUUCGAAUAAAAGUUGUUUGGUUCGAAGGGGGACAUAAGGCGGUGCGAUUUAUUUGACCUUGGAUAGUCGUUUGAAGAUCACCUACUUAUUUUUCAUUACAUAUUCUUGUGGUUUAUUUCAAGAGCUUUCCA